GGUCGCGACAUUUGUGUCAAAAGCUGAACAAAAAGAAUGCAGUAUUUAACGGAAGAAAACGUGGAAUUAUUGGACCAUCCUCCAUAUAGACCCGAUCUAAGUCCUCAGGAUUUCUUUACUUUCCCGAAAAUUAAAAACAGACUGCGUAGUCUCAAAGGUUCCAGUCACCAGAAGAAGCAGUUGACGCAUUCAAAAAUGCCGUUUUGGGUCUACCAGCAAACGAGUGGAAUAAGUGCUUCGAAAAUUGGUUCGAGCACAUGCAGAUGUGAAUUAAUCUUCGUGGAAAAAACUUCAAAAAACAAUAAAGUCAUUUAAAACUACCCACC